UCCCGGCAGCGGAAGUAGAAUUUCCAGACCGGAAGCGGCCGGGAGGCCAACAUGGCAGCGGCGGUGCUGUCGCUGAGGACACGCGCAGCUGUCUCAGCCCUGUUGAGCCCUCCUCCGGCUGCAGCUCUUGCUGUUAGAUGUGCAUCGAAGAAAACUGGUGGCAGCUCCAAAAACCUUGGUGGAAAGUCACCAGGCAAACGUUUUGGCAUCAAGAAAAUGGAAGGUCACUACGUUCAUGCUGGCAACAUCCUGGGGACUCAGCGUCAGUUCCGCUGGCACCCGGGUGCCCAUGUGGGCCUGGGGAAGAGGAAGUGCCUGUAUGCUCUGGAGGAGGGGAUAGUCCGCUACACUAAAGAGGUCUACGUGCCCAAGCCCACUGACCUGGAGGCUGUGGAUCUGGUCAGCAGGCUGCCCAAGGGUGCUGUCCUCUACAAGACUUUCGUCCACGUGGUUCCUGCCAAGCCAGAAGGCACCUUCAAACUGGUAGCUAUGCUUUGAAGUCCCUGGACAGACUUGGAGCCCAGUGACAGGAGGGGUGACACCAGAAGUCAAGCGUUGGGGUCACCACAGCCUUGUGGGGCGGUCUGCUGGUUGGUGACUGCAGGAGACUGAAGUGACACUGGGAAACCCUUUGGGAGAGCAGGACUGGGCCUGAAUAAAGCUAGCUGUCUGGGGACAGCGUGGGA